GCAAGAUGAUGACUGCGAAUAGAGUAAGAAGAAAAAUGCCACCUGGGAUGGUGAACACCCGCGAGUUUAACAAGGAGAACUUCAAAUCCUGUGGGCUCCAGUUAAUUUUUCAUGUAAUGAAAGAAUUUAAAAAAGAGCAAAACAAACUAAGAACUCAUGUGAACGAGAUUCUCCACAGCAUCUUCUUUUUAGGGAUCAUUCAUAAGGACAGUCUCACUCCCGAAGACAUUAUACCUGAAAAGAUUGCUGAGAUUACAAGACAGGAAUUUCCAGAACCAUUUAAGAAAUACAAGAGUCAUCUACCUAAGCGGACACCUUUCUCAAUACUGUUAGACAUAAUGCAGCUUACAUAUGGCACAAAAGACAAAGUACUGAAGGAGCUUUGCAUUCUCAUGGAAAAGCUGAAAUUCCCUUAUCCUCUGGACAAACCAGCAAACAAAAACCAGCGCUACUACACACUGGAGUCCACCGUCAUUUGUGUGUGCUCUAAUAGCCAACGCACAUCAGAUGAAUAUUUUGGUGCUUCUCUGGGUUGCAGGACAAGAGGGGCCAAAAGCAUUAUGAUAUAUUCAUCAUGUAUAAAUACAUGGCACGAGCAUGUGUCAUAUGCAGUAAUGUCAUUCGAACAUCAGCCAGAAGGUGACAGCUUGCAAUUUCAUGAGUCUCUGCGAUGCCAGGCAUACUUCAGGGAUUGGAAAGACAACACUUACAAGGAAAGACAGCCAUGUAUGAACUGUAAACGGCUUUUCAGUCUGUCAGCAGGUACAGAACAGGAACAUUAUCCUUAUGGCAAUUGUGCAGAGACAGAGUGCUUGAGCAAACUCCUGCUUAAUGAUCAGUUCAUGCGAGAGAAUAUCAAAAUCAGUCAUUUUACUCCUGACAAAAUUAAAAUGUUAAAAGACUGUACCAGGGAACGCUUGCGAAAACUGCUUGCUUCAAUACCUUCUCUCAGCAAUAUGAAUAACGAUGACCUUCCAUGUUUUUAACCUGCUCUCUUAAAUAUUGUCACCAGCUAGAGCAAAAAGGGUUUCACAGACUGAUUCCAUCUUUUCCACAAAUAACUUUUUAUUGUCUAGCUCUAAAGCCCUAUAUAACCAACUCAAGUCCCACAUAGUGAAAAAGAUUUGUAUGUGGAUUCGUUGCUGAUCCUCUACCUACAAAAACUUUUUUGGUCACACUUUACAAUAAGGUCUCAUUUGUUACCAUUAGUUAAACCAGUGCUCAAAGUGGGCCGGUGUUUCGGUGAAUUCAAUUCCCCCGUUUCCCCUUCGGCGCGCAUGUGUGAAAUCACGACAUCAUGAUAUCAAGAGCAGCGGAAAAUGUGUGCUUUAUUAUCUCAAGCAUCAGUUUAUUGUGUUAUUUCCUACUUUCCAUCAACAUAAGGUAUAUUUCAUGUUGUUUUUCAAAUACAUAAGUAAAAUUCUAAAGCAUAGAAUGUAUUGUUUGCAGAGGUUUUAUAGCUCAGUCGUUCAUGGGUUACUGCUAGCUUUACCUUUGAGAAACUCUGUAUAACAGCUAAUGUGUUAAGUUUAAUAAAUGAAUUUCGGCGAUCGUUUACAUUAUUAUAUUAUUGUUAUAUUGUUGUUGUUGGUGUGUGUUGGUUUUGUCACACUUAUGUUUUCCAUAAAUAAACCAUAUUGCACUGCACAAUACUGUGCUGUUGUUGUUAUUAUUAUUAUUAUAAAUAAUGCGGCGAAGGGGAAACGGGAACUGAAUUCACCGGAAAAACUAGAUCGGGGCGUUACCUGAUUGGCUGACGUCAUAGUGACGGUAGGUUUAGGGGCGGGGUUAGGUAAGGUUGAUCAUUUCAUUGCAUCGUUUAGAAACACCCAUCAGUUUGAAAACACCCACAACGUCAGAAACACACACUUUUGCUCUGCAGAGACCUCGUGUUGCCAGACGUACAAUAAUUAUCGUAUCUGUAUGAUAAUUUUGACCUCUGUAUGAUGUACGAUCAAUAAUGAAAAAAAUCCCAUAAUGUACGAUAAUUUCAGAAUUUCUGAACUAGUUUUUUCCAAAGUCAACCUCAUCAAAACAAAGCCACAAAAUCGGCUCAUUACAGACACUCUGAAUGGGUUUAAACCGGUAAACUCCUGGAAAGUCCAAGGAUUCAAACAGUAACCGAAUGAAUUCAGACAGUAAUAAGUUCAAAACAGUGCUAAUGCAGAGAAAACACGGCUGAUUUCAUCAGAGAUGGCGGAGAGAAUAGUGACUUACGUCCAGAUGGCACUAAAUUAUUCUUUACAGCAUGUAUUUGGCUUAAAAGCUAGAGUGUUUUGUACUGGAUGCUGGCUGAAGGUGUUUUAUAUUGUGUGGUGGUCAGAGGUUUAGUGAUUUUUAAUGAUUUUUUAAAAAAGUGCAUGAUUAAUAAAGGUAUGUAUAAGUUUUGUUAUUUCAAAACAUCACAUGGACUUGAAUGUUGCCAUUGUAUCUAAAACAGUGCAAUAUAUCACUGUAUCAUUUAGUUAUAAUCAUCUACUGUGAGUGAACAAGUUUCACUGGUAGAGCAAGGUUCAGUCAGAAUUCCCACCUUCCUCAUUGAUUACAUGAAUACACGGAACACAUUUUAUAACCCCAUAUUCAUACAGUUCAAACAUGUUAUAACUGGUUUGGUACAUGGUGUGCAUUUUGAUCUUGACACAGAGCACAGCACAAGACACACCUUGUUUUAUGGCUUAACCUGAAUGUCUUCCCAUGUCUUUUCCACUCAUGCAAUGAUCACUGGAUAUUCUAAGCUGUUCAUUGCAAUUGUUGAAAUAAAUAAUGUUAUUGUAUAAAGUUUUUUUUUUCCCCCUGUAUUUUAUAGUAGAGAAUUAAUAGGAAAGUUGAGGGAGGGAAUGAGAUCAGUGCAUGACUAACAUCCUUCGAGUCAAUCUGCAUCACCCACUGCAUUAAAAAUAUCAAGACACGACAAGCCCAAAUAAAAUUUUGACAACUUGUCCAAUCUUGUAGUUUAUGAAAAACGCCUUGCCCUGAG